UGAGGGGAGAGAGAGGAGGGACAGGCAGGAGGAGUGCGUGAAGUACGGGCAAGUCUGAUGACAUCCAAAGUUUCAACGCUGAAUCAUCUACAGCAGCAGACAACUCGUGAGUUUGGAAAGUUAUAAAAUCAUUUUUUUUUACUUUGUAAAGAGAGCAUUGUAGCCUAUGUCAAACCUCUGUAAGGGCUGGGAAAGUUGAACCCGAGACAAAGACUGUUCUGGAGACUGCCCGUAGAGCUCGAACCCACAUUCACACUGACAGGCGGAGGAACGGGACAGACGGAGAUAGAGUCCCCGAGGGGGGUUGGAAAGAGAGGAAAAACGUUUCGAAAAAAUCCUAACAGUCCACUUCUGCAUCAAGACAUGUCCUAAAAUUACGCAUGAAGGAGUUUAUGGAGACGAGAAGAAGAGUUGUGCUGACAACGAGAGGGGAAAGUUAGAGGAGAGUAGAGCAGAGAGCACGGGAAAGUCAGAGAGGAGAAUCUAGUCUACCUGGGAAAGGGGUCAGAGAAUGAAUUAGCGAACAACGAGUGCCCUGUGUCGCGGCCAACAGUAAGGGUUCUCUGUGUAUCUCUGUGUCUCUGUCAGGCUUGACACCUGUUCCCCCCACCCCCUAGUGUGCCACACCCAUGGAUGAGGAGAGGAGCCCCCCUGUCAGCUCACCUGAGCCCCCUGAUGAUAGGGACCCACAUCCCCCCAUUCUGCACCCCAACCCCUCCACGGACAUACCAGCCUCCACCCCUAUUCCAACCCCCACACACACCACAGAUUUGGACAGGAGCAUGGAGCCCCUCAUCGAGAGGCCAAAGGUUAAACCAGAGGGGUUGCUAGGAGACGCGGAGAACGGCAACAACAACAACAGUCUCUCACAGCCGGACCUGACGACACCUAGCAAGAGCAUUACCUGUCAGCCCCAGGCUCGAUCCACCCACAUCCACCCUGCCCAACCCUGCCUAACACAGCCAACCAGCCAGCCACGAGACGGAGCCAAGCUUCACACACACGGACCCAACUGCACGCACGCCCCUCACACCAACGGAGUGAGGAACGGAGGCCCCUGUGAUCGGCCUGCCCCUGGCUCCCUCCCUAAAGCAGCCUCUUCCUCCUCCUCGUCGGGGAUGAAGAACUCCAAGAAGCUCCAGUCCAACCCCUCCAUCACCUCUCAGAGCAGCAAGAGGAGCAAGAGCUCCUCCAAGAGUAACAGCUCCCAGAUACCUACAGAGGUACAGGAAGACUGUUGUGUUCACUGUAUCCUGGCCUGUCUGUUCUGUGAGUUCCUGACUCUGUGUAACAUCGUGUUGGACUGUGCCACCUGUGGUUCGUGUGCGGGGGACAACUCGGCGUGCUUCUGCUGCUGCUGCGCCUCGGAGGAGUGCGGCGACUGUGAGCUGCCAUGUGACAUGGACUGUGGGAUCAUCGACGCGUGCUGCGAGUCUGCAGACUGCCUGGAGAUCUGUAUGGAGUGCUGUGGUCUCUGUUUCUCCUCCUGAGCCUCCCAAACUGCAGUGGGUGAUAUCUCUCUGUCUCACACAGACAAAGCCCAGGCUCAGUAGACAGGGUAGUGGAGGGGCAGGAUCAUUGGCCAAUAUUGAGGACAUAUUGAGAGUUGCCAUUGGUCCAUGUAAGGACAUAUCAUUGGCUUUGACCAAGAUCAAGUGCUGGCAUUGGUCAAUGUUUUGGACAAUCCAUUGGAAUUGACCAAUCAAAGGACAUGGACUACUCUUUGGCUUGUCCUGCUCACCUCUCUUAUGUGUUGCCUGUCAGUUUGUUAAGGAGAAUUAUGGAUAUCUCCCAUUGCUAAGCAGAUGUGUAUACACCAUGCUAGCUGUGCUCCAGUGAUGGUUCUGAACGGCUUCUCUCUCUGGACUUCCUUUGGACCCUCAGUGAUCUGUCUCAGUGAGCUGUCUCUUCUUACAGCAGAACCCCCUCUCUCCAGAGGCUCAGCAGCACAAUGAAUGGAUCUCUCCAUGCAUGAAAAUGACCUUGCAGGCAAAUGAGAAAAUGGCUCCAUUUAACAGGAUUUCAGUGUUUCUGUAGAUAAGACAGCAGAGUAAUAGGAAAAUGGUCGCUCAGAUCGGAGCAGAACCCUAGUUUGUCCUUGGCAAGGUUAAAGGCUUCCAGUUUUAGUGCUAAGCGUUUUUCUCAGCGUGCACGGUCCUGUGUGGAAGGUGUGUCUACUGUAGAUGACUAGGACUGGGAGUAGGGGGCUUGGCUACAAACCAAUGGAAACACGUCAACACUAACUACGUUUCCAUCCAAAGUUUAUGCGAGUGAAGUCAUACCGUAUUAACAAAAAUCAGGAUAGCUGUGAAGAUUUGUAAAAAAAAAAAUACAAAAAUGCCGACAUGGUGGGAUCUUUUUGUGGCGGUAAAAUGUAUUAUGCGAGAAA